UUUGGGCAGUCGUCCUCUCUCUUGGGAAAUAAUUGCACCAUCUAGUCAGCCACUAUCGCGUGCAAGGAAGUGCACACAAGACAAUAGAAGAAGGAAAACAAGCAGGAACGCAGAGCAGGCAGCGAGCAGCAGCAGCUUGGACCGACAUCAGGUCCGCAAACACUCGGUGCAGCAGGUACUGUUGACACAGGCACACACGCAGCGGAAAUGCAGCAGGCUGCGAGAGGGGCCAGCAGCGUGUUGGUGGGGGUCCGGCGGUGGUGCGAUGUCGCCCGCAGAGCGAGUGGCGCCUGCCAUGCUGGCGGUGUGGCCAGCGCACGACCCAACGCGCACCCGUUGACAACAACGACGGCAGCAAGGGUAGCGAGGGCAGCAAGGGCGGCAGCGAUCGCACGCGAUGUCAUCACGGUGCAGGUGAGUGUGCAGAGCAGGCUGCGGUCGAUGGCACCGACUGGUGCAAGGGUGGGGCGGCGAGGGCUUGCAACCAUAUGGGAGACGACCACCGGUCAGAAGUACCAGCUGCCAGAGUUUGAGACCAUCGAGGAGCUGCAAGACAGCGACAAGGUGACGCUGCUGUUGACGGGCGACCCCAUUCCACGGUCCAGCCUCUUUGUUGGCAUCGAGGAUGUCGUUCGCAACAUCUUUGAAAUGAAAGGAGAUGACGUGUGCGUGCUGCAAGUGGACCAGCAGCGACAGAGCUUUGCCGACUUUGUGGUCGUGGUGACGGGCAAGUCACCGCGCCAUCUCCGCGCCAUGGCGACGUCGCUUGCAGACAUGUGCAACGAGAAGCUCAACCUGCAGUCUGGCCGCGUGCGCGUGGAAGGGCUCGGCGACCAGUUCUGGACCAUCGUCCACACAGGCAACAUUGCCGUGCACUUUAUGAUGCCGCCUGCGCGUCUGUACUACAACUUGGAGGAGCUGUGGCGACCGGGUGGCGGUGGCGACGGCAAUGCCGUGACGGGUCCAGCCACCAGCACCGCUUCCACUGUUGGUGCUGGUGCUGCUAGUGGCCACGUGCUGAGCAGCCCAUAUGCCCAGGACACCAGUGAUGGGGAUGAUGAUGUGUAUGACGAUGAGGUUGAGGACGCGUUGAGUGAUGGCGGUGAGGAACAUGAGGACAGCGGCGAAGACGAUGAUGAUGAUGAUGAUGAUGAUGAUGAUGAUGAUGAUGAUGAUGCUGAUGAUGGGUGGGGCGAGGCGGUGGAGGGCGACUUUGGGUUUGAUGACGAGGACGUGUCUUUGAGCGCGCAGCAGACAACAAGCAGCGAGAAGCAGCGUCAGCAACAUCAAGACACCAAGAACGAUGCUUGA